GUCUCCAUUGCAUGCAUUUUCCGCGCGUGUUCUGAUCUCCGGGAGAUGAUGAUGGUGAUAUAGCAGCAACAGUGGCAGAAUUUGAGGGUUCCGGUCUCUCCGCGAUGACGACGGUGGCAGCAGCAGCGGUUGUUGUUAUCGAAUUAACGGAGUGAUUUUUAGUCACUGAUCUGAUCGGGACGGGCGCGAAUGGAGUGCUUCUGAAGCUCUGCACGGUAUCGAAUCACUUUGGAUCCUUUGAUCAAUUGUCUUCCGUGGGAACGAAGAGAAAUAACACCCAUUAAAAGUGUGUGUUGCAUGAACGAGCGCAGAGUGCAAAAAAGUGCAUUCAUUUAGUGUAGUUCGCGAAAAAAAAAACUUGAAACUGUGCGGUUUCAAUUUUCGACUAGGACGAACAACGGCAAGUGGUAAUUAAUCGGAUUGAUUUGGUGCAUCUUUCGCAGGAUAAGUUUUUUUUGAGAUUCGGAGGCUGGAUUGACAGUAGUUUAGCCAUCGUGCUGCAUUGCAUCACAUAAUUCAUCCGGAUUAAUCUGUUUUAGAUCAAACGAACGUGAGCGAAUCGGUUGCAAACCAUUUGAUAGUGCAUUUUCAGAGAUCAAAUGGGAUAAUCUGGAUUCGGAAGUGCUGAAUUAGUGAGAAAAUAGUGCUGCGUUCUGCGGUUGAAGCGAGUGAAUGUUUUCCUUUCGUAACAUGGAAGGCUCGACGGUUUUACAAGAUACCAAAACAGGUUUCAACAAAUCAUCCAUUGCGGAUUUCUACGACAAGCUAGAGAAGGAAGAAAAUGGUCUCCAGAGCGGUCGAGGGUUUGGCAUUGAUGAUUCCGGUCACGGAGGUUUAGUUAGGACUGAAAAUGGACUUUCGGGGAAGUCAGAACACCGCGGAUCGCCUAUAUCCUGCUACUCACCCCAGAACCGUUUGCUUUCGUGGCCUUCACAGCACCUGACCCCGUCUAGCGAGGGUGGAACUGUAAGUGCACGAAAAGCGCAAAAUCUCGGCCUGAUUUGUGUGGUUUGCGGAGACACCAGCUCGGGGAAGCAUUACGGCAUUCUAGCAUGUAAUGGAUGUUCCGGAUUCUUCAAGCGCAGCGUGCGGCGGAAACUUAUCUACAGGUGUCAAGCUGGCACAGGGAACUGCACCGUCGAUAAGGCGCAUCGCAACCAAUGCCAAGCGUGUCGACUGAAGAAGUGUCUCAACAUGGGAAUGAACAAAGACGCGGUUCAAAAUGAGCGGCAGCCACGUAAUACGGCAACAAUCAGACCGGAAGCACUGCGGGACAUGGAACAGGGACGUGCCCUACGGGAAGCUGCGGUUGCGGUCGGCGUUUUCGGCCCUCCCGUUUCGCUGGCCCUGCUCUCCCCAUCCCGGUACGGGCCGAGUAUCCUCCCAGGACCGGGCCUUCCCACUAGUCAAUUCCUGCAUCAUCACAGCCAAGUCUCUUCGCUGGUGAACAGCCUUCCUCAUCACCACCCGCACCAUCCACACCACGCAAUGCACGGCCUAGCCAAUGGGUUAUCAUUGGGUCUGAACGGAGUCAACGUGGCCAGUCAUAACGUUUCGGCUGUUGCUGCCAUGUCAGCCGUCGCCAAUAGCCAUAACAGCAAUAAUAACAACAACAACAACAGUCCUCUGGUCAACAACAACAAUCUUAGCUCGACGGAAAAUCUCAAUAACACCCAGUCAUCAAAUCACUCCAAUUCCAGCGAGCAGCAUUCGCCCGCCGGUGGAGCCUCGCCGGUGCAUCAGAACACAAAUGGAGCAGCGUCGGGGUGCCUCAAUUCAGUCGGACAGGAGAACUCUUCGGUCAAGCAGCAUGGCCACAGCAGUUCGUCCUGUGGGUCCGCGAGUCCGAACCUUGCGGAGGAUAACGCCAACGACAACGAUGACGAUUCGAUUGAUGUCACCAACGACGAAGAUGCGGAACCCGCUCAGAAUAAUUCCGGCAUUCCUAGCUUGGUCAAUCACCCGCUGUACGGCCAAAGCCCGAUGUUCAACUUCCAGGAGACGAUCUACGAAACCAGCGCAAGACUUCUGUUCAUGGCUGUAAAGUGGGCAAAAAAUUUACCCAGUUUUGCAAGCUUGACUUUCAGAGAUCAGGUCAUCCUGCUGGAGGAAUCUUGGGCCGAACUAUUUCUUCUGAAUGCAAUCCAAUGGUGCAUGCCGAUCGACACAUCUGCCUGCACUCUGUUCUCGCUCAACGAGCACUGUUCGAGUGUAAAUAAUUCCGGAGUCUUCAAACCGGGUCAGCUAGCACAAGACCUACGAGUUCUGAACGAUACGCUUUGCCGCUUCAAAUCGGUGAUGGUAGAUCCAGCCGAGUUUGCUUGUAUGAAAGCGAUCGUCUUGUUCCGAUCGGAAGCCCGUGGGCUCAAGGAUCCGGUUCAAAUCGAAAAUCUUCAAGAUCAAGCACAAGUCAUGUUGGCUCAACACUCUCGAACCCAGUUCCCCGGUCAAAUUGCUCGUUUCGGAAGGUUGCUGCUGAUGGUGCCCUUACUGAGGAGCAUCAAUUCGCACAAAAUUGAAUCAAUUUACUUCCAGAAAACGAUCGGAAACACCCCGAUGGAGAAAGUUCUUUGUGAUAUGUACAAAAAUUAGUGAUCGACUGUAGCUGGAUUGUUUUUUGUUGCUGGGUCGAAUCUGUGAAUAUAGUUUAAGACUAGCCUAAAUAGUUUCGAAAUAGAUAAUAUUGCACACAUAGCACGAGGGUCACGCGAAAUUGCUUCAAUGACCGCUUUUGCGGAAUAUUUGUCAAUUCUGUCGAAUGUUAGGUCGACUUUUUUGUAGCUAAAAACUUUCGAUAAUUUGCGUAAUUAGAACAGUUCGUUUUAUGCCUGGUCCAAAUUUGUUACCCACCGCAAAAUCUGCAAGUGAGGUGAGGAUCCUGAAAUGUGGUCGCCCGAACUAGAUUGCUGGGCGGUACGAUUUCACAUUUGCAGGCUCGUGCGUACAUUUUCCUGCGGUCACAUUUCACGUCACGUGUGGACUAUUUCAGUGUACAAACAUAUUCUACUUCACUAUUUCAUUUUUUUUCCUUUCCACCUAAUGGGCUUAUGCUUCGCCGCAAUACUGAAAACUUCUGUACCGGACAGAUUUGUUUGAUUGCGGCUUGUUUCACCGGUUGCUCUAAUCAGGGAAAUUGUAUUGCGGUGUUUAUUUACCAGUUGUGAUCAUUAUUGAAUUCAAAAGACGGCUUUUUCGGUUACCUCGCGAUAAUAUAAUUGGUUGGACCAUAAUCAGUUACGUUACACCAUGUUGUACAAUUGACAUAUGCAUAUUGAAAACAGUGCGGAGAGUGGAAUGCCAAACAAGUGCAAUGAGUGUGGAUUAGUAUUUAUGGGGGAUUGUACUUUCUGGGAAGCACACUCGCUAACUUCAAUAAAUGUAAGAACAUUCUUCGGAAUCCAAAUAUUCUUGUGGUAUUGGAUAAGAUUGAAUAGUUACGAAAUAUAAGGUAUA